AUGUCGGGAGGCGAAGAUCUCCCCGAAGAGGAACGCUCGCGGCGGGGCCGCAUGAGAGCAAUCUGGAACACGGGUCUCGCGCGCGGAAAAGAAGAGCUGCUCAAGGGCAAGAUCAAGCUGCAGCAGACGGUCGGGCUGGGCAAGAAGCCCAACGUGAUCCCCCCGGCCCAGCCCGAAAUCCACUGCGAGCCGCGCACCGUCGACAUUGGCUGGCACCCCGUCGCGGGCUUCGCCGGCAGCUGGUUUGCAGAGAAGACGGGGCUCGGCAAGAUGAUCACGGAGAAGAUCCACCGCUACCCUGACCCGACUCAACACUGGGCCGUGCUCGUUGGCGACUACUGCCACGAGCUGUGGAUGGACGAGCACCUGGACGUCAUCUACAUCAACGAGAAGAUCAACCGGGACGAGUGGCACACGUUCGAGGUGGGCAAGACGUGCUUCAACGACGAGGCGCUGCGACAGGCCGGCGAGAUGGUCAUAUACAACAUGCGGGAGAAGCGGCCGGCGUACAACUUGCUCAGCAACAACUGCCAGAACUUUGCCAUCCUGAUGCUCGACGCCAUCCAGGCGGGCGCGCGCCGGCAGUUCGCCACCAGCUACGCCGUCUUCCAGCGCGCCACGGGCGCCGGCAGAAUCGCCGACCUGUUUGCCGACGACCUGCCCGAGGACGACGGGCCCGAGGUCGUCCAGCACGCCCAGCAGGUCAUGGACGAGCACACUACCAAGCUCGACAACCACAGGCACUCGUCUCUUCCCCAUGUGUGCUGA